AGUAAAUAAUAUUUAAUGAUAAUUGAUUUUAUUAUGAUUAUCACCAAUCAGUGACACAAUUAUCAUAUUAUUAAUUAUUUCUGUGAUAGUAGUAGUGGUGAUGAUGAUGAUGAUGUCUGGAGGAGGAAACAUGUGUUGUUAACAUAACUGAUCCAUAUUUUGUUUUUUGCUUUAUUUGUGGCUUUGAUUUCUUUUUUUUGAUGAUCAGAUAUCCAUCCGCUGAUCGCCUCAAUUGUCUCAAUAUCUAUCCUAUCGGACGGUAGUGACCAGUCAACUAUAGUGAUCCAUCUGUGUCGCUGCCGUCAUCAUCGUCAUCAUCAUAGGCGUGAAUGAGUUGGUGGUCAACCAUCACCGACUACAAUAUCGGCCAUCAAGUUUGAUACACACAACACAAGCAAAAAAGAUGUGCCAAUCAAUUGUCAACCCUAUUGUAAACUAUGCCAGUGGUCGGCCAUUGUGUCCAUUUCGGUGAUAAUCCGUUUCCCAGCGUUUGCCUCGGGAGUUAGUCUGUCAUCUCUCCCACCCAUCAGUGGUUCCCAUACUCAUCAUCAGCAUAGUGUGUCUCAAUUUAUAUAUCAUAUAUAUAUACCUAUACUCAACACCCGUUGUUUCGUUUUAUAAUUUUAAUUUUGUUGGUCAACCCAUACAAAAAAUAAGUCAUGUCCUUAUAUUACUCAUCAUCGCUAAGCACCAGUAUGUGGUGCGCACUGUGGUCGCUGUUGACGGUGGUUACGGUGCCGCCUAUCACUAGCGCCUUACAGUUGCGGCCACUGGAUCAGUACAUUGAACACUACGAGCCGCUCGACUACCCGCCUAUCGACACAAGUCAACUGCACCGUCACCUCAAAGCACGUGCCAAACGGUCGAACAGUGUCGACAGCCGUUAUCAUACGGCCAGCGCUCACGACGACCGUCAACUGUUGCCGGAAGAUAUUAGAGUUGAGUUUCGAUCUCAUGGUCGACAUUUUCCACUGAGACUGCGACCCGAUUAUCAUACAGUUUUUGGCACCGAUUUGGUCAUCGAAUCGAGCGAUGGCCAACCGGUUGCCGUAGAUCUCUCGCACAUUGUUUCCGGUAAUCUGUUAGGCGAACCGCGUAGUCGAGUGUUCGGCAAUUUGCGUAAAGGCGUAUUCGAGGGACAGAUACUCACCCAAAACGAUCAGCACUAUUACGUGGAACGGGCGCUCAAAUAUAUAAAUUCUAGUAAUGAUCCCAUACUCCAAACCGUUAGCCACGACCAGUCACUGCCAUUUCAUUCAGUCAUCUAUUCGGCCAAACACGUCAACGAUCCGUAUCGCCAAAAACGGUCAACAGUGGACGGCGCCUGUGCUCUUGACGACGAUGUCCGCGAAUGGAUGAACACUGUAUCCAGUUCGGCGGGUGAUGACCAGUCGACAAUGGCCGAGGGAACCAGCGAUUCGCUGAUGCGAAACAAGCGCGACAAUAGCGGUGGUGGUGGUGGCGGCAACAACGGCUAUAGUCGCAACAAUUUUUGGACAUCGUUCGAGGCCCAGGGCCGUAUCGGUCCCCAACAGCGACCCGUACAGCCGGUCCAGCGAGACAUACCGUUCGUACCGCAGAAGCGGGCCUGUAGUCUAUACAUACAGACCGAUACCUAUCUGUGGGAUCACAUAAAGAAAACCGAACAGUCGGACGCCAAAGCCCGCGAAGAAAUUGCAUCGUUGGUCGCCCAACACAUCAAAGCUGUUAAUCAUAUCUACGAAACUUCUGUGUUCAAAGACAUCUAUGGCCUAAAGUUUAUCGUUCAGCGGCUAAAAAUCAACGACUCGUCCGCUUGCGACACACCCACCAAACGCGAGUCCAACCAGUUUUGUUCGCCAAAUAUCGAUGUCUCCAACUUUUUGAAUCUAAACUCUCAGUUCAAUCACAAUGACUUUUGUUUGGCGUACAUAUUUACCUACCGUGACUUCAGUGGCGGUACACUUGGCCUGGCCUGGGUGGCCAGUACGUCAGGCGCUUCGGGUGGUAUAUGCGAAAAAUACAAGAGCUAUACGGAGAACAUUGGGGGUCGACAGGUGCAGACAAAACGUAGUUUAAACACCGGUAUCAUUACGUUUGUCAACUACAAUAGCCGGGUGCCGCCCAAAGUCAGCGAACUGACACUGGCCCACGAAAUUGGCCACAAUUUUGGUUCGCCACACGACUAUCCGCUAGACUGUCGACCGGGCGGUUCACAAGGAAACUACAUUAUGUAUUCGUCGGCGACAUCGGGCGAACGGCCAAAUAAUAACAAAUUUUCGUUCUGUUCGGUCAACAAUAUAUCCAGUGUUUUGCACGCCGUCUUCAACAACGAAGGCAAAGACAAUUGUUUCCAAGAAGAUAACGGACCCUUUUGUGGUAAUAAACUGGUCGAAGAUGGCGAAGAAUGCGACUGCGGCUACGAUAUGAAGGAAUGCAACGAACGGUGUUGUUAUCCGCGUGAGAUCGAGGCGUUCAGGGCUCGGGAACCGCACGCCAAACCCUGUCAACGGCGACCGGGUUGCAAGUGUUCGCCAUCGCAGGGUCCGUGCUGUACGGAAAAUGGCGAAUUUGAGACCCGACUGAAACAAUGCCGACACGAAUCUGAGUGUACAUACGAAUCGUUUUGUAGCGGUUACGAUGCUGUAUGUCCGCGACCGCCGCCCAAACCCAACAAUAAAACCGAAUGUAAUGGCGGCACACAGGUCUGCUGGAACGGUGAAUGUGUCGGAUCUAUUUGCCAGAAGUAUGACUUUGAGGAAUGUUUUCUGACGGCCAAACGUGGAGCCAAACCUGACGAAAUGUGCGAAGUGGCCUGUCAGUCGCCAAACAGAUCCGAAACGUGUAAACGUACGUCCGAAUUGGACACUAUGCGCAACAUAUCGGGCCUGAAACUGCGUCCCGGUUCGCCGUGCAAUGAUUUCCAGGGCUAUUGCGACGUUUUUCAACGUUGUCGAGCCGUCGAUGCCGAAGGACCGCUAGCGCGGCUCAAGAAUCUCUUGCUUAACCAGAAAACAUUGAUGACUAUUAAACAAUGGGUGACCACCUACUGGUGGGCCUGUAUGCUGAUGUUGGUCGCCAUCAUGAUGUUUAUGGCAGCGUUUAUCAAAUGCUGUGCCGUACACACGCCCAGUUCGAAUCCGAAAAAACGGCCGGCGCUCCGACUGAGCGACACAUUGCGCCGACCGGCCGAUACGCUCAGGCGAAAGAGUCGCGACCGAUCGCACAACUCGGGACGUAAUCGUGAAUCACGUGGCCAUCAUCAGCAACAACCGCUGUCGCCGACAUCUGGCCAGUCACUACAGUCGGCACCGGCCGGCUCGCUGCAGAUGCAGGUGAACCCGCACGCACCGCCCACACUAGUGGUGGCACUGCCGCCAGUUAGUACUACACACUUGGAUCCGCCGCCACCGUAUACGGGGCCGCGACCCACAGCGCCGCCAUUGCUGGCCGGUCCUUCCCAUGGUUAUGGCGAAGGCCGAGGCCACUACAACCGUAACGGACAGUCAAACGUGCCAACCAGUGCGAAGCCUAUGGGCGCCAACGGACGCACCAGCGAUCUGCCGAUGCCGAGACAGAGCGGCACCGGAGGCGGCGGCAAACACAGCCGUAAUAGUGAUGUCGAAAUGCCGAAGUCUUCGCGGCGCUCGUGAUGUUUAUUAGGCUCAUCCCAUGGCCUGAAUGGGACAAACUUUUAUUAGACUUUAUUUCAAUUAUUAUUAUUAUUAUAUAU